CGAAGCAGAGGAGGAGACCACGCGAGUCCAGAAGCGAAACCAAAAGGGUCGCGAGGCGGCGACGCGAGCGCUCCCCCCGCCGAGCAGCGCGUCGCCCUCUGCCUCUGCCUCUCCAUGGCGGCGGCGUCCGUCUCCACGGCGCCGCGCGCGCCGCUCCCGGGCGCCGUGUCGUCCUGCUCCGCCUCGUCUUCGUCGUCGUCGUUGGUGUCGCGCCGCCAGUGGGAUCCGAGCCCUAGCGGGUUCCUCGCGGCGCGGCGGGGGCACCGCGUGCGGCGGCUCGCCGGCGCAGCCCCCGCGCCGCGGGACCGCCGGGCGUCCUCCGUGGUCAGGUGCGGCGGCGCGCGGAGCCCCGACGCGGACGGAGGCGGCGAGCGGCGGCGGGGGUGGGACGCGCUGUUCCACGACGCGUUGCAGGGGGCCGUGCGGCGGUGGAGCGAGUACGUCGGCAGCUACUGGCCCUUGACGCCCCCUGGGAAGGGUGCUGGGCUCGGGAAGAGGGUUGAGAAAUUUUGCGAAGGGCAGGUUAGAGGGGAGGAGGAAGAAGAGCGGGAGGUGGAGGGUGAAGAGGGGAAAUGGAGCUGGGAGAGAUGGAAGCAGCACUUUGCUCUAAUCGAGGAGAGCGAGCGCCUCGUUGAUGAGCUGCAGCUACAACUACAGACUGCUGUUUAUAGAGAGGACUUCAGGAGCGCUCACAAACUGAAGUUGGCUAUUGCUGCUACAUCAAAAAAUGAUACGGUGGGCAGAGCAAUUUCUGACUUAAAUAGUGCAAUACAAGAGGAGCGCUACAUGGAUGCAGCUUAUAUUAGAGAUCAUGCUGGUGCAGGACUGUUGGGAUGGUGGUCUGGGAUUUCCGGAAAUUUGUCUGAUCCAUAUGGUCUUAUAAUCCAUAUAAGCGCUGAACAUGGUCGAUAUGUGGCGAAAAGUUAUGAUACCAGGCAGCUGAAUUCAGAUGGCCCUGGUUUCCCCAUAUUUGAAAUUUACUUUGCAGAAGAAAAUGGGGGAUACCACCUACAGGCAGUGCAUCUGAAACCAGAAGACAGUGAUUCUCAGCAGUUGCCAAAUAUGUUGAGAGAGAAACUAGACAUGGACAGUAUUAACAUAUCUAGCACUUCAUUUGGGGCUAAACAUGAGGAUCACAAUGAAGGGAUAAACAUGGAUGAUCAAAAUAAUGAUGAUAGUGAUGUUUCUGCUGGGCCAGCUGGUUUCAAAAACUUGCCAAGUGAUUCAACUCCAGUUCCCAGGGUUAAAAUACUGAAAGUGGUACCCAUGGAAAAUGUUAACCAGGACUAUAUAAUCAAAAUUUUUGAUCAGAUGUCUGAUGAAGAUGAUGACAAUGAUAAUCCUGAGGUUGAAAAUGAUUCCUCAGAAGAUAUUGGUGAUGGAGAUAACAUUGAAGUAGCAGAAGCAGCUUCUGGAGAAGAUGAUGUUGAUGAAACUGGUGAUGAAAGUGAUAUUGAAGCCUUAAUUUCAAUUGAUUUUAUCACUGAGGAUGACAAGGAUUUUACUUCUUCAUCAUCAACAGAAUCCUUUGAGAGAAUGCCAGCUAGAUUAGAAAGAAGAGACCGCUUUGCUUUUUCGUUCUAUACUGACCAAUAUAGUAAAAAGCAAGACGUGGAAAAGGUUCAACAGACUUCUAAAGAAAGAGUUGGACCCCGUACCACUCAGCAGGAUGAUGAUUAUCUUCAAUUUGAUCGUGUAAAGUUGGUAGGCAGCAACAGAAAGUUAUCGGUACUACAACUUGGCAUCAAGCAACACAAUAACAAGGUUCAGCAAAAUUUGUAUGGAGUUACUCACUUCAGCCGUAUUCAGAUGCCUAUCUCUUUAGAUCCUCUUACUGGCUUAUACAUGACUGCAUCAGGAUUUGACUCAGAAAUUCUUAGCUUACAACGAAAAUUUGGUCAAUGGCGAGAGGAUGAUUCAUCUGAUGAACACAGGGACCUACAGUUUUAUGAGUAUGUUGAGGCUGUAAAGUUGACUGGGGACAACCUUGUGCCAGCGGGUCAGGUUGUCUUCCGUGCAAAGGUUGGGAACCAUUAUCAGCUCCCGCAUAAGGGAAUCAUCCCUAGAGAGCUUGGAGUGGUUGCUAGGUACAAGGGGGAAAGGAGAAUCGCAGAUCCUGGUUUCCAAAACCCUCGAUGGGUUGAUGGCGAGCUUUUGGUACUAGAUGGAAAGUUCAUCAGAGAUGGUCCUGUUAUAGCUUUCUUUUACUGGACAUCAAACUUUCAUCUUUUUGAAUUCUUUAGGCGGCUGAAGCUUCCUGAUUAGUUUCAGAGAAUCAGUUAAAGCAGGCCAUUUCACUAUCUUACAUCUUGUACAGACCAGAAUGUACAUAAUCAUUUCCAUAUACAGUUGAGAAGACUUGCGCAGCAUCACAUUCCCUAAUACGGGGUUUUCUAGGGAGAGAAUCCUGUCGAAUGAGUUUGAGCGGCAUCUCCAGUCUCAGUGGAAGUUGCCACAUUGAAGGGCGGAGAAAGAACUCACACAAAGGAAGACCGGCUGAUAUGAAGGGUGGGCUCCUCGUUCCAUUUCCGCUCAGCUCACCGACCCAGUUUAGAGUCGAGGCCCAGUGUGAUAGUUACUGAAAAGAACAAAAAUCGAUCGAAGCACUAAAACGUAAGGCCAGAAUUAUUUCAGAGUGUAAAGUGUUCUGUUUGGUCUGGGCCAUCACA